UGCUAUCGCUCUGCUGCUUGGCCACGCGAUCCCACGCUUGAUAGUUUCCCCCACCUGCCGGCGGAGCCACGUGGGCAGCAUCAGGAACUCGCCAAGUUCCUCCUUGGCAGUUGUUGAAAUCAUGAGUGUGGGAUUCAUUGGUGCUGGGCAGCUUGCCUUUUCCCUGGCUAGGGGUUUCACUGCAGCAGGGAUUUUGGCUGCUCACAAGAUCACAGCAAGUUCUCCAGACACUGAUCUUCCGACAGUGGCAGGACUGAGGAAAAUGGGUGUGAAUUUCACCAUAAGCAACAAAGAGACAGUUAAAAACAGCGAUGUCCUGUUUUUGGCUGUGAAACCUCCCAUAAUUCCAUUCAUCCUGGAUGAAAUUGGCACGGACAUAGAGGAUCGGCACAUUGUGGUGUCAUGUGCUGCUGGUGUCACUAUCAGCUCUAUUGAGAAGAAACUUUCUGCCUUCUGCCCCACCCCGAAAGUAAUCAGAUGCAUGACCAACACGCCGGUGAUCGUCCGGGAAGGGGCCACGGUUUACGCUACGGGGACUCAUGCCGAAGUGGAAGAUGGAAAGCUCUUAGAACAGCUAAUGGCCAGCGUGGGCUACUGCACUGAAGUGGAAGAAGACUUGAUUGAUGCUGUCACUGGACUCAGUGGCAGUGGACCUGCUUACGCAUUCACAGCCCUGGAUGCCCUGGCAGACGGAGGGGUGAAGAUGGGCCUUCCUCGCAGGCUAGCUGUCCGGCUGGGAGCUCAAGCUUUGCUGGGAGCUGCCAAGAUGCUGUUGGAUUCUGAACAGCAUCCCGGACAGCUGAAGGACAAUGUGUGCUCUCCCGGGGGCGCUACCAUCUAUGCCCUGCACUUCUUGGAGAGUGGCGGUUUCCGAUCGCUGCUCAUCAAUGCUGUGGAGGCGUCCUGCAUCAGAACGAGGGAGCUGCAGUGCUUGGCUGACCAGGAGACGGUCUCCCCAGCUGCUGUGAAGAAGACUUUAAUGGACAAAGUGAAACUAGAAUCUUCUGCUAGCAAGGUCAGCCUGUUCAGCAACAAGAAUCCUGGCAACAAGAAGUACUGAGGAGACUUCGGGCCUUCCGUAGCUGUGCUUUUUUCCUCUCUCUCUCUCUCUCUCUAGGGAAUCUAGUUCUAGCCAUUUGCGGGGAGCCCUUGGCCUGGAUUCAGGGUUGCAGAAAUGUGAUUAUCCAAGGCUAGUAGGGACCAACAUUUCUGCCGGUGAGGGGCAGGCGACAUCGCCAACACUUUCCACUGUUGGGGCGGGGGGUGAACAUGUGCUUCUCUUUGUAGCAGUCACUACAGAGUAGUUCACAUUUUUAUCCUCCUCUUUCUCUGGGUAUCCCAGAGGCAAUCCAUGUAGUUGUCCUUCUUCCAUUUAUGCUCACCACAAACUUGUGAGGUAGGUUAGAGAUACAGUGGCUAGGCGGGUCACCUAAUGAACUUCAUGGCUAAAUGGGGAUUUAAAUCCAGAUCUCCUGGUCCCAGAUUGAUACUGUCUUUUACACUGUGCUCGGUUAGGCUGGGGAGCAAAAACUAGUGUUUAAGAAAUCAGAAACUGGAACCCAAGCAGAAACCUGCAAGAGUUGGUUGCUGGUUAUUGACUGUCUCGUUUUCAUCACAGAACGGCUGUUGUCCAAUCUGCACGUCAUUCUGGAGCCUUGUGUGUAAUCCUUAUUGUACUUUGGCUGUUCCCUGUGCAUCUCUAAUCCAGCACCUACUAUGCUCACUACAACAGUACAGGAAAAGGUUGCAGUAUUGCUGUCUCUGCUCCCCUCCAUCUUCCCCUACUCCAUGUUGGCUAGAUAGAGAAAUUCUUGUGUUACAAGUGCAUGCCCUAUGAGAUUACAAGACCGGAGUUGGCAAAGGCACAGCUCCAGUCUGUCACCGUAAGGCUGGUUAGGGAGUCAUCCAUUUUUAAAUUGUUCCAGUUCAUGCCAAUAACAGUUGGAUAACUGAUUCAGCACACCUCUGGAACGGAUUCAGUCGAGUCCUCGGGGGAGAAAAAACAAUGAAUAAAACAGUUCUGAAUUGCAAGUUGCGAUGGAGCAAAUGGGUCAGCUGUUACCACUGUACCCAUGAGUACUACAAACCUUGUCUGAAAUAAAAAUAACUAGAUGCUUCACCUGUUAAAUUUCAUUCAGUUUUCCUGUAGUGUUCUCAUUUCAUUAAGUCAGGCUGCUCGAAGCACGUACUGAGUCCAUAUGGUUGAAUGUGAAGGCGACGCAGGUUUGGCCGAGCGUGGAGUGCCUUUCCCUGAGCACCUUCCAACCAGGAUCCGACUCCUCCUUGCACUGGGAGAGCUUGAAUGAAAUCUUAAGUACUAGUAGGGUAGACCAAAGGCAAAUCCCUGCUUCUUGCUGUUAAUGGCAGGUGUGCCUCUUGUAUCUGUCAGCUCCACCUGAGCAGGGCCGGAUCGAGGGGGGGCAGGGGGGGUAGUCUGCCCCCGGCGCCCCCAGGGAGGGGGCGCCGGGAGCAGCUGCCAGCUGCCAGAGGGCGCAGGCAAAAGGCAGCGCGGGGGGCUGCGGGGCCGCCCGCACCAUUUGCCUGCCCCACAGGACAGGGGGCAGCCGGCCGCCCCCUGUCCUGCAGUGCAGAAUGGUGCGGGUGGCAGCGCUGCCUUUUGCCUGCCCUGCAGGGCAGGGGGUGCGUGGCAAGCCGGCCACACCCUGUCCUGUGGGGCAAGCUAAUGGUACAGGCAGCCUCGCAGCCCCCCGUGCUGCUUUUGCCUGCCCUGCAGGACAGGGGGUGCGCGGCAAGCCGGCCGCCCUGUCCUGCGGGGCAGGCGAAAGCAGCGCGGGGGGCUGCAAGGCCGCCCACGCCAUUCGUCUGCAGGGAGGCGAAUGGCACAGGCGGCUUCCCAGCCCCACACGCUGCCUCCGUUCCGCCCAGCAUGAUGAUGUCACCGAAGUGACAUCAUCACACAGUGCGGGGAGCGCGCGCGCUGUGCACGUGUGCAAAGUAGCCAGCCAAGGGUUGCCCCGGGCGUGGGCAACCCUAGAUCCGGCGCUGCACCUGAGGUAUACUUCUGUGUUUCACCAUCCUCCCAGAGCGAAGCCCCGCCUCUUUCCCCUCUCUCUCUAGAAAUGUUAAGAGUCUAUAGGAGGCCACUGGUACUGGGCUUUCUCAAGUUUUGGGAGUUUGGGCUUUAUCAAUGAACUGGAACAAUUGCUGAUGCCCUAGAUGGGGCUAGAGCUUCCCUUGUGUAGGGCUCAGUAACAGAGAUGGGCAACCGUCAGCCCCAUUUCUUGCCUAAUGCGUCACUUUUCUAUUUACUGGCUCCAGUGUGUGUGUUUUCCUACUUCUUAUCCCUGCCCAUUCUUUCAGAGGUGCUAUCUCUUGUACACAGAAAAGAGAAAAAAAAUCUGCUAUAGGCAUGUGCUGUGACUGCGGAUACUUUAGCUCUGGGAAGUUUUAUGUGGAAUACCCCGGAAUCAGUCUUUCCGGACGAUUCCUGUCGCAUUCCGCAACUGAUCUCAAGGUGCUUGGUAGCGGAAUGGUGAAACUUCCUUUUGCCUUCUCAAGGAGAAAUCCUGCCCUUCAUCCUGGACCAUGCCUCUCCCACCUCCCUGUAUGCAGGUACUUAAUUGAAAAUCUGGCAGGGAGGAGGAGCAGGGAAGGGAGGCAAUACAAGGGCCCAGAACCUAGAGGCUGCUGCCCUCUACAAGGGAGGAAUGCCUACCCAAGAGAAGUAAGGCAGGUAGUAGUUCGACAAAGGUCCAGUUGCAUUGACAAGGAUAGCUUUGAUUCAGAGUAUACCAGCCACCAAAGCUAUUUAAGAUAUUCAGAACAUAACCCAGGUUGUCUUGGGUCACUAAUGGAAGCUAAUUGCAAGGUCAUUGUUGGGUUGUGAUAAACUGGGAAUGUGGGGUUGGAUCCAGCUUUUUCACUGAAUCUUGGCCAUUUCUCCUCCUUACUGUAGAUCAGUCCUAACUGCCAUUCAUCCAUGCAGGUCCCCAUGAUUCCCAGAAUAGAUAUUUUGGGUGGUCAGCGGGGACCCCCCCUUCUUUCUCACCAGGAGAAAAGCUAGUUGGAUCCAACUCAUAGUACAUUGCACUAUGCUGUAGGGCUGUUCCUGGGACACUUGCUGGAUUUCCUAGUCUCUAUGCAGAGAGCAGUCCUAUUCUGUGUCAUAUUCCUCUCUGGAGAAUAAAUUCUGUAGCCUCAGACUGAUAUGUGGACUAUGUUUAUUUUAUUUCUUGCCAUUGGCCAUGGUUUUUUUUUUUAAGACUGGAUAAGAGAUUCCUCUUGCUUAUACAUGGAAACUCCAUGACUAUCUACAGCACAGAGUAUCGUUGACUUUAAGUUUCUGAUUUUUAUUGUGUGAGGAAACCACAUAACACCAUAACAAUACUUUUUAAAACCAGGGAUGCCCACCGGUAGCUGCUUCUAAACCAUGUAAUCUUUAUGAGCAAUAUAUCCAGUCAGAUUCAUUAUAUUUAGAAAUGUAUUCAUAUCUGAAGGACCUAUGUUCCUGUGUACCAGCUACAGCCUUUAGUUUGGCAGUUUUGGGGUGUUCUGCCACGAAAUGUAGCCUAUCUCCUAUUGAUGAUGGUCUCUGCUUUUUCUGUGGUGCUCCCACUUUAUGGAACUGGCUCCAAGGAGGUGGGUGAGGGACAUCCACCUUGGCAAUUUUAGGAGGUUCUGUAAGGCUAUUUUAUUCACCACAGCUUUUAAUAGAGUGUAAGUUGCUUUCAUUUUAUUUGGUAACUAGUAACAAAGCCCAUUGUGGGAAAAAUUCAACGGGCUCUAGAAAGGAGAGAGUGGGCAGGCGGGCAUUACCUCCUCUCCAUGACUAAUCCCAGCUGGGUAAAGGAGGGGGGCAGGCAUUGCCACCUGCUCCGCUCCUGAUCCCAGCUGGGUGAAAGGAGGGUGGGCAUUGCCUCCUGCUCUGUGCCUGAUCCCGGCCGGGUGAAUGGGGGGCAAGCAUUACCUCCUGCUCUGCACCUGAUCCCAACUGGGUGAAGGGAGCGGGCAUCGCCAACUGCUCCUCUCCUGAUCCCGGGUGGGUGAAGGCGCAGGUCUUGCCACCAGCUCCACGCCUGAUCCCAGCCUGGGCUUCUUGCCAUGGCAUGUUCUCUGGAGGUCUGGUUGCCCCAUCUGGGCUUCUCUCCACAGCAGCGCCCUCUGGAGGCACAUCAGGGUUGGAAGUGAGUUGUCUUGAAUACGCUUAGUCUUUUAUAUAGUAGGAUGGUGGGAAAUGGGUGGUCUGUUUGUGUUUAUAUUUUAAAUUAUGUAUUGUAAGUCAUCUUGAGCCAUGGAAAAGGACAGAAUAUAAAUGAUUAAUUUAUAUAAAUGUUUAUAUAUUAUAUAAAUAUAUAUAUCAAAUAUAUAAAUGUUUAAAUAAAAUAAAUACCCUUUUUCAUUCUACCCAAUAAGGGCAUCUGGGAAACUAGUAAUUUUGCUAUGCCCCUUCUGCUACAGCUUGGUCCAGUCAAAGAUAUCUCCUUACUUAUUGUAGAGUCUUAAACAUGUCUUUAGAGGUGUGAGAAGUUAGAGGAACUCAGCAUACAUGAGGUCAAAACUAUGAAUCUCUGCAACUUGAAAUCAUUCACUUAAACCUGCUGAAAUCAGUAGGAUCACUGCGUUGGGUCGGUAGCCUGUGUUUUUAAAUAUCUCUUACCUUGGUUAACAUUGGAGUCAUUUUUUGGCAAUUUUGGUGUUUGUGUAAAUUCAGUCGCCUAGUUGCAGAAAUUUUUAAAUAAAAUUUUUGUACUGCUUUAAAAUUUGUGCAAUUACCUCUAAGGCCAGCUGUUAAAAUUCCAGUAAUUUUUAACCCUGAAACAACCAUGUACACUAAUCAUAAUUGGGAAUGCUAAAGUGUUCUGUGUUUGAAUUCUAAACAUGGUAUAUGAGAAACUCCACCAGAGGGAGGGCUUUCAUAAUUUGGAAGUGUAGUAUUUUAAGUCACUGCAAGGCUGAAAUUCUAAGUAUGCUUACUAAAUACCACUGAUCUCUGGCAGGAUGUACUUAGCUUCAUACUGCUUAAGUUUCAUCAACACUGGUCGGUGGACAGGGCUUUGGGGCAAGGGUUUUCGGGGAGGCUGUGAGCAAGCAUCAAAUGGUUCUGCAGACUUUUUCUGUAUUACUACAGCAUUUGUGAAAUAACAAUACCAGAAGAACCUUCAUUCUCUUCACCAGUAAUCCCCAGAGAACCUUUUUGUAUACCUUUUUCAGGUGGGAGUCCUUUCUCCUAUAGUCCUUUUUAUUAUUGUUUGUAAUACUAUGUAUAAAUGCUGUGUUUGUCCUUCAGUAAACAGUAAGGAUGAGAUGUAGGUGUUUUCCACAUAGUUAUCUUCAAUGGUUUUGGGGAAGUGGGUUUUUUAUUUCCUCAAAGUGGGUUUUUUCUUAUUUCCCCACAGCAUCAUCGUACAUUUGUGCAUCUCGGGGGGUUUCCCCAGCUUUCCCUCAAUACUUCUCAAACCUGCUUUGCUCUGAAGUUUUGGGAAAGAUCACUGUAAAACAUGGAUGGCUGCUCUGUGGGGGUGGGGAAAAUUCAGAUUUUCUUACCAAAAUGGAAGCCAUUUUCUGUGAUUCUGUCCCCAUGGUAGCCAUUUCCUUCCCCUGUCAUGGAGUGGCUUUUGAUUUUUUAAAUAAUUGGAACUAGAAUUCCAUUGUAUUGAUAUACUGUUGUACUAACAUGUCUAGCAGUUUCUCUGAAGUCCCAGCUUUCUUCUUCUUUUAAAAAAAGUAACUCUCUAGCCCUUUCCCCUGUGGAGAUAUAAGGAAGAAGCCAUAUCUCCAUAAGGGAAGGAGCUAGAGACUUUUUUCUUUUAAAACUGGAAUUUUAAAGAAACUGCUAAACCUAUUGGUACAGCUGUAUAUCGAUACAUCGGUAUUCUGGUGCUGUUAAAAAACCCCUCAAAAGCCCUGGUAGUCAGGAGCAGGGGGUAGUCAUUUCUGGGGGAUUGGAACAGAGAAAUUUGGAGAAGCCUGUCAUGUGGAAGACCCAUUUGCUACUAUACUUUACCUAUAACUGCACGAGCAAUGGGGAAACUACAAAAUCAUGUCCCUGUGUGGAAGACACUAGUUAUCAAGUCUUGAACCCACUGAGCGUCAGGUUUAUUUCUGCUCUGCCUGACAUCCUGAUAUAAUUUCCCUCAGACUUCUGAUUUUUGUGUUUCCUUGUAUUUUUUUAUAUUCACAUUUUUAAGCCUAAGGAUCUUAUGGGUUAACAAAGUUCUUACAUAAAAAUUACAUAGUUAGCAAAAUAAUAGCUGCUUUUGAACACUGAAGUUUGAGUGGCAGGUAGUUGGUGGAAAAUGCCAUCAAGUUGUAGCCAACUUACAGCAACCUCUGUUGGGGUUUUCAACAGAUGUGGUUUGCCAUUGCCUGUCUCUGGGGCACCACCCUGGUCUUCCUUGGACGUCUCCCAUGCAAUUACUAACCAAGGGUGACCCUGUUUAGCUUCCAAGAUCUGACGUGAUUGGACUUGGUUGAGUUAUCCAGGACAAGGAAGGUAGUUAUGUAGGUUGAAAUGUGGCAGGCUGGGGAGGAGAGAGAAUUAGGAUUUGAGUAGAUGUUACAGAAACUUGGAAGUAUUUGUGCAUCUGUGAGUGCAGCAGCUAAGGGUAUUUGUGCUGGUGUAAGGAAGGACAGAUUAUAUAAGAGAAAAUUGUGCUUGAGGGGAAGAGAGCUCUGGAGCACAGAGAAAGGGUAUAUAAAAAAGACCUGCGGAAUGUACGAGUGUCCAUUGAUAGCCCUCUUCUUGCUCAAGAUCUGUUCUCGAACUUUUCUCCAGCCUUCUCUUCCUGUCUGUCCUCCCCAAGGCCAGGACAGUGUUACUGCACCCAGUCAUUGUUCUCUGUACAGUACAGAGAAAGUCAGCUUGAUUUCCGCCAUUACUAUUUUUGUUGGUGUGGGUCUUGAUAACUUGUCAGAAUUCUAUGGAAUGCAGUUCUCAUAUUGUUUGGCAAAAUCAUUUGGCAAGGCCAAAUUAUGGGGCUAUUCCUAAAGAUUCCCUUAAACAUCUUUUUAACCACUCCACCCCAUCUUUCCAUAUUAUGUCCCAUUUUAACCAACAGCCAAAUCUUUCUUUUAUUAUGUCUACCAAGUUUACAUCUACAAAGUCUUUGCUAUCCCUCUGAAGCAAAAAUUCAUACUGAACAGUUGUUCAAUCCAGGUUAUUCAGCCAGGUCGUAUUAUUUGGUUAAAUCAUAGCAAGCAAACCUAGUACAAAUGCCUAGGCAGAAUUAGUAGAUUUGACAACAGUGAAAUGUGCAAAACAGUGCAGUUUUAAAUGGUUACAUCCUUCUGAGUGCAUAGAAACCAGCGGAUUUCGAAGGUGUAACUGGUUAAGACUGUGUGCUUUAAGGAUCUUGCACAAAUCAGUAAUAGCUCACUGGAAGUUCACUUGUAGGCACAUUGUUAACUAUGGGGGAAGCAGCAUGUGCUUUGGACCCACACUGUGUGUCAUCACAGACUGAAUAAAAUUUGAGAGCAAAUAACCCAGCUACAAAUGAAAAUAAGUCACCUACCUCCAUGAUCAAGAGAGCCGCUCUUUGUUACAGCUGCAGCCUACCUUCUCCAGAAUGUGCAACGUAUGGCCAUCAGCUCCUGAGCAAAGGUCAGGGGUUCUUUCCCUGGAAAAAGGACAAAGUACACUUUUCCGAUCAUCUUGGCUUAAUUGGAGGAGCAGCUCAGUGGUAUGCUCUACGGAAAUGCUGAUUACAAAACAGAACAGUUUUAUCGUGAAGCUGUAGAUAUGCUGAGCUGGUAUUUUCUCUAGAAGAGAGUGAUUGCCACCUGUCCAUAAUGAGCACAAUGUCUGCAUGAAUUUGGUGCGUUUUCAUUUCACAGAACAUUAUUGCUUUGAAGGUUUCCCGCAGGAAGGAGUGCACCUAGGGGCUUAGUUGCCGAAGUUUCUUCCUCCUUUUGCACAUACAUAUAAAAGUGCUUCUCAGUUCUACCCUUUCCUCUUACUGUGUUUGCUUUGUGGAGCAGAACAUUUGUCUUUAAACAAUAGAGUUGCUAGUCUUGAAGAUGUCACUUUGUUACUUUUUCCUAUGAGUACUUUUCUACUUCUAAAAUAAAGGCAUUUACAUUUCA